CCAUUGUAGGUUUGAAGGUUUUUGAAGAUGUCGUAAAUGUAUUAAAUGGUCUUUGCUUUGGGAUAGUAACAAGGAAUCUGCUGUGCGAUCCGUUAGUAAAUAUUGCAGCAGUAUAGUUUGCAGACAUGGCCAAGAAUAAAUCAAAGGUACAGAAAAAGAAGGACGUGUUUCAAGUGGCCAAUAAGAAACAAAUGAAGGCUAAAAACAAAGCAAAACCUGUCACAACUAAUCUUAAAAAGUUAAAUGCUUUGAACGAUGAAAAAGUUUCUGAUGUGAAUAAGUCAUUCGUAGAACUUCAGAGGGAAGUAAAAAGCUUAUCAAAAGGCUGUUCUUCAGAACCAAAGACCCAUCAACUGGUAUGCCCUUCUGACACACUAGAAAUAAAUGUUGAAGAUGCUGCAAAGCUGUUUUCUCACUUAUGAAGUCACCUUUUGAUGGCAGAAUAGAUGGAAGACCUUUGAUUUAUUGUACUGCAUUUCUUAGUUUCAUUUGUUUUUAAAAAUGUUGAACUUUACAGAACACACAGGCACAUAUUUGAGGCAUUCAUUAAUAAUCGUGCCCAGAAAAUUGCGAGGAAGUAUUGUAUGUGAAAGGCAGUUCAGGCAUAUUCACUGAAGGGUAUAUACACGUUUGUAUGACUUGGUAGGAAAAUGACAGUUACCAUUUCUUCUUAGAACAAUUCUAUAUUAAUGAAAUGUUGUACAAGCAUUUUUUGUUUCAGAUAAAACUGCAGUGCAAUGUGAAAUAGUUGUUUUUCAGAAUGGGUUCUUUAUCAGAAAAUUAAUUUUAUUUUAUUGCAGCUACACUUAUCCACUUGUGCAAAUCUGAAAAAAAAAAAAACAGCAACAAAUAAAAAUAUUUUUAUUAAAA